UAGGGCAGUUUUUUUUUUUUUCAAGUGAGCUCGCGCCUGUUGGAGGAUAAUUGGUCAGUGAAUCAAAUGGCUCCGCCCGAUCACCGGCGUCCGUACAAGCGGCCGGCAAUCUCCGAUCAGCAGCGCCGGAGAGAGCUCUCCCUUCUCCGCCAAGCUCAGAGUCGCCUCGACGCGCAGCACCGAGCACGUUGCUUGGCCUCCAGCGUACUCUCCCUGGAAAACCCCGAACCUGAUUCUGUUCCCGAGCUCGAACUCGAGAGUAAACCCGGGGAGGAACGAUCAGAAGCCCCGCCCAAAGAGUUCGAUGUGCGCCAGGCUUCGAAGCUCAGAGGGGCCGAGGCUCGCAAGUGGUUUGCGAGGCAGCUCAUGCUUCCUGAGUGGAUGAUCGACGUACCGGAUCGUCUCAGUCAAGACUGGUAUGUCUUUGCAAGGCCUGCUGGUAAACGAUGCUUUGUUGUUUCUUCUAAUGGUGCAGCAGUCAGUCGAUUACGGAACGGCUCCAUACUGCACCGCUUCCCAUCUGCUUUGCCUAGUGGAGCCCGAACAAGAGAUGUUUCUGGCUCCGCUCAGUCAUAUUCAAUUCUGGAUUGCAUUUUUCAUGAGCCUGAUCAAACGUAUUAUGCCAUUGACAUGCUUUGCUGGCGAGGAUACUCUCUCUAUGAUUGCACAGCUGAGUUUAGAUUCUUUUGGCUGAACUCCAAGCUUGCCGAGACUGGGGCUUGUGAGCCACCCUCACAGUACCACAGAUAUAGAUUUAGCCUUGUGCCUGUGUAUAACUGUGAUCACAGCGGUCUGCAUGCAGCAUAUACAGGAGCAGCUCCUUAUGUUAAGGAUGGACUACUCUUUUAUAACAAGGAAGCACAUUAUCAGACGGGGAAUACGCCCUUAGCAUUAGUCUGGAAAGAUGAGAACUGUAGUCAAUAUGUGAUAGAUACAGACAGUCAAGGGAAUGUCCCCAAGCAGCAGCAGGUGGUAUUGGAGCUGCAGGAAGAUGGCAAACUGACUACCUCAGACGAUCCUCCUGUUGUGUUUGGAUGCUUAGAUGGUGACUUCAUCCAAAAGUCAGGUUUGUGUUUAGGAAAUCUUCUACGUUUUGCAAUCGGUGAUGGAGGACUAAGUUUUGUGGAUGGGGGGCUUGAUAAAGCUGAUUUGUGUUAUCUUGGCAAGUCGAAUAGAGCUCGUGCUUUUGCUGACAGCUAUUCCAAGAUUGUGUUUCAGCACAUGGUCCGACACUCGCCAUUGAAGAUAGACGAUUUUCUGUCUUCAAUCAGCUCAUCAGUUGACCAGGAGAACCAACCUCGUGAUGUUGAAAUGGCUGGCUGAUGGUGACAAACAUGGAAGUCUAUCGUCUGGUGUUUCUGUCGUGUUUACGUGGUAUACUUUAUCCAGCGCUGCUUAAUUGAAGAUUGGUCUGGUGCUCGGUCCCGUGCUUCGGCAAUCAUCAUCAAUGGAUCUGCUGCUAUUCUACAUCACAAUAUCUGUACCACCUCUCACAUUUGCUCAAGCUACCUCGUACGAGUAUUGUGGGAUUUCAGAACAAGGGGAGUGCCUUAGAAAUGAUUUAACACUAGGGGUCUCAUGUUCUCUUUUAUCAAGCAUAAGAUUGUAAAUCUGCAAAUGCCUAACCUUUGGGUUGUUUCAUUUCGAUAGCUCAGCUUCUGCUCGUAAAA